UCUAGUAGACCGGAAAGCUCCAACAACAACAGCUAGUCAGACACCUCGGUAUCUUUCUAGCAAACACAGCUACAACAUUCACUCUCUUUACAGUCUUUUGGUGUAUAUUAGUCGCUGUGUAUUAAACACUUCCGUCGUAUGUACUUGUUAGCCCAUUUAAUUAUAUAUUUACGUUGUUUGUCAGCUAGCUGGUUUGCUAAGUUAGCUUAGAACUAGGCUAGUCGCUAAUGCUAGCUAGCUAGCUAACAUCUCCGACCAUGAGUUCACGAAGCUACUUUCCUCCUGCUAAAGGAGAGUGGGUCUGCUGGACGGAGAAAGAAGCUCUUGUGAAAGAGGAGGAGGAAGAGAAGGAUGUUACAAUACAAAAACAAGUAGAGGGUGAGGCUGUUACCGUGAAAGAGGAAGAGAAAGACGUUUCAGUGAAAGAAGAGGAAGACGCGUUCAGAGUGAAAGAGGAGGAUUUCACAGUAAAAGAAGAGGAAGAUUUCACAGUAAAAGAAGAGGAGGAUUUCAUAGUAAAAGAAGAGGAGGAUUUCACAGUAAAAGAAGAGGAUGAUGCAGUUUUUGGACUGAAAGAGGUGGAGAUGACUGUUACAUCCACAAAGGAGGAGGAAGAAGAGGAGUUUGGCGAUCUGGGCCCGGUUUCCCAAACGCAUCUUAAGGCAUCCAAUGGUUCUAACGAUGUUAACACUAGAGAGAGACGGGACAAUCGUGGAUCCUCUGGGGAUCCUCAACAAAAUCAUGAUGAUGACGAGGCAGAGAAGAGUCUCUCCAGAUCAGAACUCCUCAAGAAACACCAGCAGAGACCCACAGGGAAGAAAUCUAACUGCUGCUCUGACUGUGGGAAAAGAUUCAACUCUUCAUUAAAACUUAAAAUACAUCAAAGAAUUCACACUAGAGAGAAAUCUUUUGGCUGUGAUCAAUGUGGGAAGAGUUUUACUGCAUCUAGCCAUCUGACUAUACACCAGAGAACACACACAGGAGAGAAACCUCAUAGCUGUGAUCAAUGUGGGAAGAGUUUUACUCGGCCAGACAGCCUGAUGGUACACCAGAGAACACACACAGGAGAGAAACCUUAUAGCUGUGAUCAAUGUGGGAAGUGUUUUUCUACAUCUGGCCAGCUGACUUUACACCAGAGAAUACACACAGGAGAGAAACCUUAUAGCUGUGAUAAAUGUGGGAAGAGUUUUACUACAUCUGGCCAGCUGACCUUACACCAGAGAAUGCACACAGGAGAGAAACCUUAUAGCUGUGAUCAAUGUGGGAAGAGUUUUAUUUCAUCUGGCCAGCUGACUUUACACCAGAGAAUACACACAGGAGAGAAACCUUAUAGCUGUGAUCAAUGUGGGAAGAGUUUUACCACAUCUAGUCAGCUGACUCUACACCAGAGAACACACACAGGAGAGAAACCUUAUAGCUGUGAUCAAUGUGGGAAGAGUUUUUCUAGAUCUGACCAUCUGACUUUACACCAGAGAAUACACACAGGAGAAAAAUCGUAUAGCUGUGAUCAAUGUGGGAAGAGUUUUACUAGAUCUGGCCAUCUGACUUUACACCAGAGAAUACACACAGGAGAGAAACGUUAUAGCUGUGAUCAAUGUGGGAAAAAAUACUCUGAUAAAAGAUCUAUGAUUAAACAUCAGAAACAUUGUUUCAUGAUAUCAAUGAAAUAAUGUCACAAUGUAGAAUGUUUUAACAUUGUAGAAGGAUUAUUUUAAUCAUGUCACAAUGUAGAACCCUAAAUGUUUGUCCCCUGUUCUAUUGAUUUCAGCAUGAUAUGGAUUUUAGCAUCAGGGGAAAAAUCCAGGCCCUGAAUUGGAAGAGUACUAUUUAUGAUUUAACAAAAAGUGACUACCAACAAAAGAGUUGUUACACACCACGUUGGUGAUGCAACACUUCAAAAUGUAGCGAGCAGUUUUCAACAAAUUGUCCUCUAGCCAGUGAUGUACACAUUAUUCCCAGAUUCCGUGUGGUUUUUGCUGCGUUCGUUUUUACAGGACGUGCAGCCUCCUCUCGCACAAUUGAUUUCAACAUGAUAUCGAUGAGUGAUGACAAAUAAGUGUUGUGUUCCUUUGUUUUUCGACCCCUAAAUUUAAAUGCAUCACUCCCAAAUUGUAGCUGACUGUCUUCUGCAGGUUGUCCUCUAACCAGUGAGGUAAAAGAUAUCUCCCAUUUCCAUGUGUUUUUUUAGUUGUGUUAGUUUCAACAGCACGUACAACCUGAUUUCCCCCCUAAUCGAUAUCAGUGAUUUAUUGCUACUUGUCAAAACAACAUCGUUUUUUGGUGCUUGUGCAGUUUAUAAGGUGCUUGUUUAAGAAAAUAAUUCAUAUGAUUAUUGUGGCAGUUGUUUGUGUAGAUAGUACAUUUUAUGUUUAGGAUUUCAAUUUAUCACAAACUUUUUCUGCAUUUGGACUAUUGAUUUGGACACGUUUAAACUGUGACAUUGGGGCUACCCCACCUAGCAAAAUGUAGUUGAAAAUAAGACUAUGCGAAAGUUGAGAAGAAAACAAUUUAAUUGCAAUGUACUUGCAGCCUAUACACAUGGACUCAGUAUAAUAAAUUGGUCUUUUAUCAAUUUUA